UCUCCGCAGAGGUGCGUGCUAGAGCAGGAGGGGCAGGACGCACAGGGAGAGAAACGGGGAACUUGGAGAUCUGAAGAGGCUGUGGUGAAUCUGAAUCGCUCAGCCAGUGAACAACCGCGUCUCCUCGAUCCUCCAUUGCUAGGAAAGGAAGGUUUAACUCUCGGUAUACUUGUGUUUCAUCUCACCUGUGACAAUGACCAGUGGCCCGUUGGGCACGGCGUUGGCGGUGGCUUUGCUCGCCUGCACUGUACAGUGUAUGCCGAAAGCAACGGGGAAACAUAGGAGACAAGUUCUGGAACACUCGGUGUCAUCCGUAUCCCAAGAUGGCUGUGUUGAGAGUGGUAAGCAUUAUGGAGUUGGAGAGCAGUGGGAGCGCAGUUAUCUGGGCAACACACUGCUAUGCACUUGUCAUGGAGUUUCUGGUAUAAAGUGUAAAUCAAAGCCUGAUGCUGAGGAAACCUGUUAUGAUAAAAUAAACGCUCGCUCCUAUCGGGUUGGAGAGACUUAUGAGAGGCCCAAGGACGGGAUGAUCUGGGACUGCACUUGCAUUGGCUCCAGCCGAGGGAAAAUCAGCUGCACUAUUGGGAACCGCUGUCAUGAGGGAGGGCACUCCUACAAGAUUGGAGACACAUGGAAGAGACCACACGACACUGGAGACUACAUGCUAGAGUGCGUGUGUUUGGGAAAUGGAAAAGGAGAGUGGACCUGCAAACCUGUUUCGGAACGCUGUUUUGACGAUGCUGCUGGCACAUCCUACAUGGUUGGUGAGACCUGGGAGAAACCCUACCAAGGCUGGAUGAUGGUGGACUGCACCUGUUUAGGAGAAGGAAAUGGACGUAUUACAUGCACAUCCAGAAAUCGCUGUAAUGACCAGGACAAACGCACUUCUUACCGGAUCGGAGACACGUGGAGCAAGACGGAUUCUCUCGGACAUGUGGUACAGUGUUUGUGUACUGGAAAUGGACGUGGAGAGUGGAAAUGCGAGAGACAUGCAUCACUGCACACCACUGGUCUGGGUACUGGGUCUCGUGUGGUGACUAAUAUCCAGCCUGCAGUGCAUCAGCCACAGGCGGUGCCUGAACACCCCACGCAGGGAUCCUGUCUGACAGACACAGGUGUUUCCUAUGGCCUGGGCAUGCGCUGGAUCAAGACCCAGGGCAGCAAACAGAUGUUGUGUACCUGCUUGGGCAACGGUGUCAGCUGUGAUGAAUCAGAGAGCCAGUCCCAGGUCUAUGGUGGGAGCUCAGGUGGCCUGCCGUGUGUGUUCCCUUUCGUGUUCAUGGGGAAAACAUUCUACUCCUGUACGUCUGAGGGGCGCAGUGAUGGGCAGCUCUGGUGCAGCACCUCAGCCGACUUUGAGAAAGACUACAAGUACUCCUUCUGUACCAGCAACAAUGUUAUGGUCACAACAAGAGGGGGAAACUCCAAUGGUGCACUCUGUCACUUCCCGUUCCUUUACAAUGGCCGUAACUACACUGACUGCACCGCUGAAGGCAGGAGAGAUGGCAUGAAAUGGUGUGGCACAACUUAUAACUUUGACCGAGAGCAGCGGUUUGGCUUCUGUCCCAUGGCAGCCCAUGAAGAGGUGUGUACCAUUGGUGAGGGUGUGAUGUAUCGUGUGGGUGAUCAAUGGGACAGACGCCAUGAUGUUCUGGGUCACAUGAUGCGCUGUACUUGUAUGGGCAAUGGCCGUGGAGAAUGGAGCUGCAUGGCCUACUCUCAACUCAAAGACCAGUGCACUGUGGAUAAUUUGACCUACGAAGUAAAUCAGACUUUUACUAAACUGCACAACGAAGGCUACAUGAUGAACUGCACCUGUUUCGGUGAAGGCCGUGGACGCUGGAAGUGUGACGCUAUCGAUCAGUGCCAGGAGCCAGAAACUAGAGUGUACUAUCAGAUUGGAGAUUCCUGGGACAAACUCAUUCAGGGAAUCCACUACAGAUGUUACUGCUAUGGAAAUGGCCUCGGAGAGAUGAGCUGCGAGCCUCAGCAGACUUUCCAUGGUGGUAAUCGUCCAGUGCAGGUGAUCAUAUCAGAGUCUGGCAACCAGCCCAACUCUCAUCCCAUCCAAUGGAACGCGCCGGCUUCUGAACACAUCACACAGUACAUACUCAAAUGGAGACCGAAAAACACUCAUAUCCGAUGGAUGGAGGUAACUAUUCCAGGCCAUCUGAACUCUUACACUAUUGCUGGACUAAAGCCAGGAGUCACCUACGAGGGUCAACUCAUCAGCAUCCUGCGUUUUGGACGUAGAGAAACCACUCGCUUUGAUUUCUCCACCGUGCAUGGCUCAUUGACACCCUCUGAGGGAGAGACCACACCGCCUCCUCCGAUGGUGGACACCUCUGAGUCUGUGACGGAGAUCACUUCCAGCAGUUUUGUCAUCUCUUGGGUGUCUGCGUCCGACACUGUGUCUGGAUUCAGGGUGGAAUAUGAGCUGAAUGAGGAGGGAGGGCAGACCGGACAGCCCAUGAUCUUGGACCUUCCUCAUUCGGCUACGUCCGUGAACAUCAGCGAACUUCUCCCAGGAAGGAAGUACACUGUAAAUGUGUAUGAAGUGACAGAAGAAGGAAAACCUAACCUUAUCCUAACUACUUCCCAGACCACAGCUCCAGAUGCUCCUUCUGAACAUGAAGUGAAGGAUGUGGGGGAGUCUUCCAUCAUCAUCAGCUGGUCUAAACCUGUGGCUCCCAUCACCGGUUACCGUGUGGUUUACACGCCAUCUGAAGAGGGUAGCUCUGGUAGCACUGAGUUGAACCUGCCUAACACCGCCACCUCAGUGACCCUGGGCGACCUUCGCCCCGGUCUGCUCUAUAACAUCAGCAUCUACUCAGUGGAAGAGAAUAUGGAGAGUGAACCUAUUUUUAUUCAGGUCACAACUGCUGGAGAACCACUGGCAGAGGAAGUUCCGUCUCCAACCGAUCUGCAGUUCUUUGAAGUGUCUGACUCUAAAAUCAUAAUCACUUGGACCGGACCAUCCACAGUGGUGUCAGGGUACCGUGUGUCUGUGGGCGAGGUGGGUCCAGAUGGCUUGGUCGAGAGAGUACUACCAUUCCCUGUGACACCGAACGCCUACGCUGAGAUCACAAACCUCCAGCCUGGAACCCUUUACCGCUUCUUCAUCUAUGCUCUCAAAUCAGGGGAAGAGAGCGAGCCGCUGGUUGGAGAGCAAGCUACAAAACCUGACCCACCCACCGAUAUUGAUUUCACUCACGUUACUGAAGACAGUGCUGUAAUCAUCUGGUCAGCUCCUAGGGCUCAAGUCACAGGUUACAGACUUUUCCUGACUGUCCAGGGCUCAAACCCUAAACAGCUGCGUAUUCCUGGCCGUAUGUCACAGUACACACUCAUCAACUUGCAGCCUGACACAGAGUACACUGCCACUCUGCAUGCGGAAAAGGGCAAUGUGCUCAGUGAGGGGUCCAUCGCCUCCUUCACCACACUUCAGCCAAUCAGAAAUGCUCCUCACUUCAGCACUGAUGUCACAGACACCUCCAUCAUUGUCUCCUGGACCCCUGUGCCUAAAAUUGGAUACAAGUUGACCGUGAGGCCCAGUCAAGGUGGAGAAGCUCCAAGGGACACGAUCUCAGAGUCUGGUAGUGUCCACAUCUCAGGUCUAACUCCUGGAGUUGAGUACACCUACAGCGUCCAGCCGGUCAUCAACGGUCAUGAGCAAGGCAACCCCAUCAUUCGACGUGUGGUCACUCCUCUUUCUCCACCCACGGAUCUGAACUUGCAGUCCAACCCGAACACUGGAGAGCUGAUGGUACAAUGGAGCGAUGCUAAAAUCCCAGACAUCACGGGUCACAGGGUGACCUGCACUCCCACCAAAGGGCAACAAGGGAACUCUAUAGAGGAGUUUGUGAAGGCAGGACAGAACUCGUGCACGUUAGAGAAUCUGAGUCCAGGAGUGGAGUACAAUGUCAGCGUGUUUACUGUGAAGGAUGAAAUCGAGAGUGUUCCUGUCUCCACCACUUUGAGUCCGGAGCCCGACCCACCCACCGAUAUUGAUUUCACUAACGUUACUGAAGACAGUGCUGUAAUCAUCUGGUCAGCUCCUAGGGCUCAAGUCACAGGUUACAGACUUUUCCUGACUGUCCAGGGCUCAAACCCUAAACAGCUGGGUAUUCCUGGCCGUAUGUCACAGUACACACUCAUCAACUUGCAGCCUGACACCGAGUACACUGUUACUCUGCAUGCGGAAAAAGGCAAUGUGCUCAGUGAGGGGUCCAUCGCCUCCUUCACCACACUUCAGCCGAUGGGAACUGCUCCUCACUUCAGCACUGAUGUCACAGACACCUCCAUCAUUGUCUCCUGGACCCCUGUGCCUAAAAUUGGAUACAAGUUGACCGUGAGGCCCAGUCAAGGUGGAGAAGCUCCAAGGGACACGAUCUCAGAGUCUGGUAGUGUCCACAUCUCAGGUCUAACUCCUGGAGUUGAGUACACCUACAGCGUCCAGCCGGUCAUCAACGGUCAUGAGGAUGGCAACCCCAUCAUUCGACACGUGGUCACUCAACCCGACCCACCCACCGAUAUUGAUUUCACUAACGUUACUGAAGACAGUGCUGUAAUCAUCUGGUCAGCUCCUAGGGCUCAAGUCACAGGUUACAGACUUUUCCUGACUGUCCAGGGCUCAAACCCUGAACAGCUGCGUAUUCCUGGCCGUAUGUCACAGUACACACUCAUCAACCUGCAGCCUGACACCGAGUACACUGUCACUCUGCAUGCGGAAAAAGGCAAUGUGCUCAGUGAGGGGUCCAUCGCCUCCUUCACCACACUUCAGCCGAUAGGAAUUGCUCCUCACUUCAGCACUGAUGUCACAGACACCUCCAUCAUUGUCUCCUGGACCCCUGUGCCUAAAAUUGGAUACAAGUUGACCGUGAGGCCCAGUCAAGGUGGAGAAGCUCCAAGGGACACGAUCUCAGAGUCUGGUAGUGUCCACAUCUCAGGUCUAACUCCUGGAGUUGAGUACACCUACAGCGUCCAGCCGGUCAUCAACGGUCAUGAGCAAGGCAGCCCCAUCGUUCGACGCGUGGUCACUCUUCAGCCAAUGGGAAUUGCUCCUGACUUCAGCACUGAUGUCACAGACACCUCCAUCAUUGUCUCCUGGACCCCUGUGCCUAAAAUUGGAUACAAGUUGACCGUGAGGCCCAGUCAAGGUGGAGAAGCUCCAAGGGACACGAUCUCAGAGUCUGGUAGUGUCCACAUCUCAGGUCUAACUCCUGGAGUUGAGUACACCUACAGCGUCCAGCCGGUCAUCAACGGUCAUGAGCAAGGCAACCCCAUCAUUCGACGUGUGGUCACUCAGCCCGACCCACCCACCGAUAUUGAUUUCACUAACGUUACUGAAGACAGUGCUGUAAUCAUCUGGUCAGCUCCUAGGGCUCAAGUCACAGGUUACAGACUUUUCCUGACUGUCCAGGGCUCAAACCCUAAACAGCUGCAUAUUCCUGGCCGUACGUCACAGUACACACUCAUCGACUUGCAGCCUGACACCGAGUACACUGUCACUCUGCAUGCGGAAAAAGGCAAUGUGCUCAGUGAGGGGUCCAUCGCCUCCUUCACCACACUUCCGCAGAUGGGAAUUGCUCCUCACUUCAGCACUGAUGUCACAGACACCUCCAUCAUUGUCUCCUGGACCCCUGUGCCUAAAAUUGGAUACAAGUUGACCGUGAGGCCCAGUCAAGGUGGAGAAGCUCCAAGGGACACGAUCUCAGAGUCUGGUAGUGUCCACAUCUCAGGUCUAACUCCUGGAGUUGAGUACACCUACAGCGUCCAGCCAGUGAUCAACGGUCAUGAGCAAGGCAACCCCAUCAUUCGACGCGUGGUCACUCUUCAGCCAAUGGGAAAUGCUCCUGACUUCAGCACUGAUGUCACAGACACCGACAUCAUUGUCUCCUGGACCCCUGUGCCUAAAAUUGGAUACAAGUUGACCGUGAGGCCCAGUCAAGGUGGAGAAGCUCCAAGGGACACGAUCUCAGAGUCUGGUAGUGUCCACAUCUCAGGUCUAACUCCUGGAGUUGAGUACACCUACAGCGUCCAGCCGGUCAUCAACGGUCAUGAGCAAGGCAACCCCAUCAUUCGGCGCGUGGUCACUCAGCCCGACCCACCCGCCGAUAUUGAUUUCACUAACGUUACUGAAGACAGUGCUGUAAUCAUCUGGUCAACUCCUAGGGCUCAAGUCACAGGUUACAGACUUUUCCUGACUGUCGAGGGCUCAAACCCUAAACAGCUGCGUAUUCCUGGCCGUAUGUCACAGUACACACUCAUCGACUUGCAGCCUGACACCGAGUACACUGCCACUCUGCAUGCGGAAAAAGGCAAUGUGCUCAGUGUGGGGCUAAUCGCCUCCUUCACCACACUUCAGCAGAUGGGAAUUGCUCCUCACUUCAGCACUGAUGUCACAGACACCUCCAUCAUUGUCUCCUGGACCCCUGUGCCUAAAAUUGGAUACAAGUUGACCGUGAGGCCCAGUCAAGGUGGAGAAGCUCCAAGGGACACGAUCUCAGAGUCUGGUAGUGUCCACAUCUCAGGUCUAACUCCUGGAGUUGAGUACACCUACAGCGUCCAGCCGGUCAUCAACGGUCAUGAGCAAGGCAACCCCAUCAUUCGACGUGUGGUCACUCUUCAGCCAAUGGGAAAUGCUCCUGACUUCAGCACUGAUGUCACAGACACCUCCAUCAUUGUCUCCUGGACCCCUGUGCCUAAAAUUGGAUACAAGUUGACCGUGAGGCCCAGUCAAGGUGGAGAAGCUCCAAGGGACACGAUCUCAGAGUCUGGUAGUGUCCACAUCUCAGGUCUAACUCCUGGAGUUGAGUACACCUACAGCGUCCAGCCGGUCAUCAACGGUCAUGAGCAAGGCAACCCCAUCAUUCGACACGUGGUCACUCAGCCCGACCCACCCACCGAUAUUGAUUUCACUAACGUUACUGAAGACAGUGCUGUAAUCAUCUGGUCAGCUCCUAGGGCUCAAGUCACAGGUUACAGACUUUUCCUGACUGUCCAGGGCUCAAACCCUAAACAGCUGCGUAUUCCUGGCCGUACGUCACAGUACACACUCAUCAACUUGCAGCCUGACACCGAGUACACUGUUACUCUGCAUGCGGAAAAAGGCAAUGUGCUCAGUGAGGGGUCCAUCGCCUCCUUCACCACACUUCAGCCGAUGGGAAUUGCUCCUCACUUCAGUACUGAUGUCACAGACACCUCCAUCAUUGUCUCCUGGACCCCUGUGCCUAAAAUUGGAUACAAGUUGACCGUGAGGCCCAGUCAAGGUGGAGAAGCUCCAAGGGACACGAUCUCAGAGUCUGGUAGUGUCCACAUCUCAGGUCUAACUCCUGGAGUUGAGUACACCUACAGCGUCCAGCCGGUCAUCAACGGUCAUGAGCAAGGCAACCCCAUCAUUCGACGUGUGGUCACUCAGCCCGACCCACCCACCGAUAUUGAUUUCACUCACGUUACUGAAGACAGUGCUGUAAUCAUCUGGUCAACUCCUAGGGCUCAAGUCACAGGUUACAGACUUUUCCUGACUGUCCAGGGCUCAAACCCUAAACAGCUGCGUAUUCCUGGCCAUAUGUCACAGUACACACUCAUCAACUUGCAGCCUGACACCGAGUACACUGCCACUCUGCAUGCGGAAAAAGGCAAUGUGCUCAGUGAGGGGUCCAUCGCCUCCUUCACCACACUUCAGCCAAUGGGAAAUGCUCCUCACUUCAGCACUGAUGUCACAGACACCUCCAUCAUUGUCUCCUGGACCCCUGUGCCUAAAAUUGGAUACAAGUUGACCGUGAGGCCCAGUCAAGGUGGAGAAGCUCCAAGGGACACGAUCUCAGAGUCUGGUAGUGUCCACAUCUCAGGUCUAACUCCUGGAGUUGAGUACACCUACAGCGUCCAGCCGGUCAUCAACGGUCAUGAGCAUGGCAACCCCAUCAUUCGACGGGUGGUCACUCUUCAGCCAAUGGGAAAAGCUCCUGACUUCAGCACUGAUGUCACAGACACCUCCAUCAUUGUCUCCUGGACCCCUGUGCCUAAAAUUGGAUACAAGUUGACCGUGAGGCCCAGUCAAGGUGGAGAAGCUCCAAGGGACACGAUCUCAGAGUCUGGUAGUGUCCACAUCUCAGGUCUAACUCCUGGAGUUGAGUACACCUACAGCGUCCAGCCGGUCAUCAACGGUCAUGAGGAUGGCAACCCCAUCAUUCGGCGCGUGGUCACUCAGCCCGACCCACCCACCGAUAUUGAUUUCACUAACGUUACUGAAGACAGUGCUGUAAUCAUCUGGUCAACUCCUAGGGCUCAAGUCACAGGUUACAGACUUUUCCUGACUGUCCAGGGCUCAAACCCUGAACAGCUGCGUAUUCCUGGCCGUAUGUCACAGUACACACUCAUCAACUUGCAGCCUGACACCGAGUACACUGCCACUCUGCAUGCGGAAAAAGGCAAUGUGCUCAGUGAGGGGUCCAUCGCCUCCUUCACCACACUUCAGCCAAUGGGAAAUGCUCCUCACUUCAGCACUGAUGUCACAGACACCUCCAUCAUUGUCUCCUGGACCCCUGUGCCUAAAAUUGGAUACAAGUUGACCGUGAGGCCCAGUCAAGGUGGAGAAGCUCCAAGGGACACGAUCUCAGAGUCUGGUAGUGUCCACAUCUCAGGUCUAACUCCUGGAGUUGAGUACACCUACAGCGUCCAGCCGGUCAUCAACGGUCAUGAGCAUGGCAACCCCAUCAUUCGACGCGUGGUCACUCUUCAGCCAAUGGGAAAUGCUCCUGACUUCAGCACUGAUGUCACAGACACCUCCAUCAUUGUCUCCUGGACCCCUGUGCCUAAAAUUGGAUACAAGUUGACCGUGAGGCCCAGUCAAGGUGGAGAAGCUCCAAGGGACACGAUCUCAGAGUCUGGUAGUGUCCACAUCUCAGGUCUAACUCCUGGAGUUGAGUACACUUACAGCGUCCAGCCGGUCAUCAACGGUCAUGAGCAUGGCAACCCCAUCAUUCGACGUGUGGUCACUCAGCCCGACCCACCCACCGAUAUUGAUUUCACUAACGUUACUGAAGACAGUGCUGUAAUCAUCUGGUCAGCUCCUAGGGCUCAAGUCACAGGUUACAGACUUUUCCUGACUGUCCAGGGCUCAAACCCUAAACAGCUGCGUAUUCCUGGCCGUACGUCACAGUACACACUCAUCAACCUGCAGCCUGACACCGAGUACACUGUCACUCUGCAUGCGGAAAAAGGCAAUGUGCUCAGUGAGGGGUCCAUCGCCUCCUUCACCACACUUCAGCCAAUGGGAAUUGCUCCUGACUUCAGCACUGAUGUCACAGACACCGCCAUCAUUGUCUCCUGGACCCCUGUGCCUAAAAUUGGAUACAAGUUGACCGUGAGGCCCAGUCAAGGUGGAGAAGCUCCAAGGGACACGAUCUCAGAGUCUGGUAGUGUCCACAUCUCAGGUCUAACUCCUGGAGUUGAGUACACCUACAGCGUCCAGCCGGUCAUCAACGGUCAUGAGCAAGGCAACCCCAUCAUUCGACACGUGGUCACUCAGCCCGACCCACCCACCGAUAUUGAUUUCACUCACGUUACUGAAGACAGUGCUGUAAUCAUCUGGUCAGCUCCUAGGGCUCAAGUCACAGGUUACAGACUUUUCCUGACUGUCCAGGGCUCAAACCCUAAACAGCUGCGUAUUCCUGGCCGUAUGUCACAGUACACACUCAUCAACCUGCAGCCUGACACCGAGUACACUGCCACUCUGCAUGCGGAAAAAGGCAAUGUGCUCAGUGAGGGGUCCAUCGCCUCCUUCACCACACUUCAGCCGCUGGGAAUUGCUCCUCACUUCAGCACUGAUGUCAAAGACACCUCCAUCAUUGUCUCCUGGACCCCUGUGCCUAAAAUUGGAUACAAGUUGACCGUGAGGCCCAGUCAAGGUGGAGAAGCUCCAAGGGACACGAUCUCAGAGUCUGGUAGUGUCCACAUCUCAGGUCUAACUCCUGGAGUUGAGUACACCUACAGCGUCCAGCCGGUCAUCAACGGUCAUGAGCAUGGCAACCCCAUUAUUCGACGCGUGGUCACUCCUCUUUCUCCACCCACGGAUCUAAACUUGCAGUCCAACCCGAACACUGGAGAGCUGAUGGUACAAUGGAACGAUGCUAAAAUCCCAGACAUCACGGGUCACAGGGUGACCUGCACUCCCACCAAAGGGCAACAAGGGAACUCUAUAGAGGAGUUUGUGAAGGCAGGACAGAACUCGUGCACGUUAGAGAAUCUGAGUCCAGGAGUGGAGUACAAUGUCAGCGUGUUUACUGUGAAGGAUGACAUGGAGAGUGUUCCUGUCUCCACCACUUUGACUCCGGAUGUGCCCAAAAUAACUGACCUUAGCUUCAUCAACAUCACUGACUCCACUAUCGGCCUCAGCUGGAGUCCUCUUAACCACACCGCCGUUACCGGCUACCGCAUCACUGUCUUGGCUGCUGGGGACAGUGUCCCAAUCUUUGUUGAAUUUGUGGAGCCCACAUCAGGCGUUUAUACUGUGCAUGGUCUGGAGCCCGGUAUUGAUUAUGACAUUACCGUCACCACAGUCACAGAAAAUGGAGAGAGCGAACCCAUCACCAUCACCCAGCAAACAGCUGUCCCAGCUCCAUCUGGCCUGUCAUUCGGAGAAGUGACUGCAGACACUAUGCUGGUGACCUGGAAAGCCCCUCAUGUGCCCAAAUCCUCUGAUAUCAAGCGCUACAUCAUCCACUAUCAUCCGAUCGAUGACGAUGAUGACACCAUUGAGCGCACUGUAGAUGGAAAGACAAACUACAUUGUUCUUCGCCAUCUUGUGCCCAACACUGAGUACAUGGUGAGAGUGAUUUGUGUCUAUGAAGAGAGAGAGAGCUCACCUGCCGUUGGCACUCAGAGAACAGUCCUCGAUGCACCUGUCGGCCUGCAGUUCUCAGAUGUUGGCACCAACUCCUUCACCGUACGCUGGCAGGCUCCUCAGGCCGUUAUCUCAGGAUACCGUAUCCGCUACCAAAAGACCAGUGGGGGGCGUGCUAAAGAUGAGAGACUGCCCCCAUCGAGGAGCCAUUUCACCCUCACAGGUCUGACCCAGGAGACUGAAUACAGGAUCAGCGUUUACGCCGUCAGCGGAUCCCGCGAGAGUCUGCCUGUAACUGGAACUCAGUCUACCAUCUCUGAUGCCCCCACUGACUUGGAAGUCAUCUCCUCAACGCCAACCAGCAUCACUGUUCGCUGGGACGCCCCCUCUGUCACUGUGAGGUACUACAGGAUCACACACGGAGAGUCAGGAAGUAUUGAUGCUCCUCAGGAAUUUACUGUUCCUGGCUCUCAGUCUACUGCCACUAUUGAUGGCCUCCGUCCAGGCACUGAUUACACCAUCACUGUAUACGCUGUGACCGGCAGAGGGGACAGCCCUGCGUCCAGCACCCCCAUCCAUGUUAUACACAGAACAGAUAUCGAGUCUCCAUCAGGGAUGCAGGUGACUGAUGUGAAGGACAACACUAUUACCGUACGCUGGAGCCCAGCAGUGGGUCCUAUCUCAGGAUAUCGUGUCACAGGAAAACCACUAAAUGGACAGGGACCUACUUUCUCUGAAGUGGUUGCUCCAGACCAGACUGAAAUGACAUUCUCUGGCCUGAUGCCGACAGCGGAGUACACUGUCAGUGUGUAUGCUUUGGGACAGGACGGAGAGAGCCCCCCUCUGGUCGAAAAUGUAGUCACAACGGUGGACAAACCCAAAGACCUAUCCUUCACUGAUGUGGACUCAACCUCCAUGCGCAUCUCCUGGGAGAGUCCCGAUGGGGUGGUCUCCUCUUACAGAGUGCUGUACUACAGUCCAGAGGAGGGUGAGAGAGAGCUGUUCCCUGCCCCACGUGGAGAGGACGAGUCUGCAGUGCUUCACGGCCUCAGACCGGGCACAGAAUACACUGUUAAAGUCAUUGCACUGCAUGACCGGACCCCCAGCACUCCACUGGUGGGCACUCAAACAACAGCUAUUCCUGGACCCACAAGUCUGCACUUCUCCCAGGUGGGUCCAACAUCCUUCACCGUCUCCUGGUCGUCUUCUGACGUCAGGCUGACAGGUUACCGUGUGGCCAUCACCCCCAAGAGCAAAAAUGGACCCACUAAAGAGGACAACAUCUCCCCGGACUCGAAGGAGUUCCACGCCACAGGACUCAUGCCUGGCACUAAUUAUGAAGUGGAGGUUUACGGAGUGAAGAACUCCCUCACUAGCCGUCGUGUCAAAGGAGAAAUCUCAACACCUGACAACAUCAGUCCACCUCGACGUGUCCGUAUAUCCAAUGUGAAGGACUCCUCCAUCACUCUGACCUGGCGCUCUAAGACCGAGGCCAUCUCUGGCUUCCUGGUAGAGGCCACACCCACCAUACGGGGUCAUAACCCUAUCCAGAGAACCAUUGAGCCGGAUUCACGCACCUACACCAUUACUGGUCUGGAACCAGGAACCCUUUAUAAAAUCAAUCUCUAUACUCUGAAUGGAAGCUCACGUAGUGAGCCUUUCACCCUUACAGCUGCUACAGCGAAACCAGUUAUCAGCCCACCUACAAACCUCCAUUUCACCUCUCUGACUCCUUCUUCGAUCUCCUUCACCUGGGAGCGUUCACGAAGCACUGUCACUGGAUACUAUGUGACUUAUGAAGAGGCUGGAGACAUCCCUAAAGAGCUGACCCCUCGACCUCAGGCUGGCAGGACCUUCGCUUCCAUCUCUGGAUUGAAACCGGGCACUGAGUACGUUAUCAAGAUUGUGGCAUUAAAUAAUGCUCAGAGAAGCAUUCCACUGAUCGGAAAGGCAAAAACUCAACUGGAAAUUCACCAGCUGACCUCCCAGUUUCCUGAACACAGCCGACCCCGACAAGACAUCCUGGAUGUGCCAGAAGACAACCACGUGCAUAUGGUGGGGCCAAACAGACUCGACACACUGGGGCAGCAAGGCAAACACAUCUACACUGAGUAUCAGAGCUACAACCUGGGCAAUAAAGCCCAGCAGCUUCAUCCCCCAAGCCACCGCGAGCCCCUGGUCUACAUCCCUCUGCCGGGAGCAGAUGGCCAGAGAGUGCCAGUGGUGCAGGUGAGCGGCGGGCCUGAACCUGGCUUCCCCUUCGCUGGCCUUUACAAUGAGACAAACCUGCCCCAGGAGGCUCAGACCCAGACCACAAUCAUGUGGCAGCCUGUGCCGCACACCUCAGAGUACGUGGUGUCAUGCAAUCCCAUUACAGAGAUCAGUGAGAAGAUUUUACAGAUGCGUCUGCCUGGUACGUCCACUAGCGCUACACUGAUCGGUCUCACCUCUGGUGCCUCCUAUAAUGUUCUUGUGGAGUCUGUCAGCGGAGACCAAAAACAGAAAGUCCUGGAAGAUGUUGUGACUGUUGGAAACAGUGUUCCAGGGGCUGGAGUGGUUCCCACAGGCAGGGAUGUGUGCUACGACACGUUCACCGCCACCUACCAUGAGGUGGACGAGGAGUGGGAGCGCAUGUCCGAGACAGGCUUUAAACUCUGGUGCAAGUGCCUUGGUCUCGGCAGUGGUCAUUUCAGAUGUGAUUCAUCCAAAUGGUGUCAUGAUAAUGGCCACAACUACCGAAUUGGUGAGAAGUGGGACCGUCGGGCUGAGAACGGUCACAUGAUGAGCUGCACCUGUCUGGGCAGCGGGAAAGGAGAGUUCAAGUGUGAACCCCAUGAAUCCACCUGUUAUGAUGAGGGGAAGCUCUACCAGGUGGGAAACCAGUGGCAGAAGGAGUAUCUCGGAGCAAUUUGCACAUGUACCUGCUAUGGAGGACAACAGGGCUGGCGCUGCGAGAACUGUCGUCGUCCUGGGGUUGAAGUUGAUGCAGACCUCGUUCAGCCUCCAGUGCGCUCUGAUGCUUACGACCGCUACAGAGAGAACGCCCUUCGCAAACUGAACAUUCAAUGUCCAAUCGAGUGCCUGAGACCAGACCUCUUAGCAGAUGCUCAGAGCCCUCUAGAAUAAAUGUCUAUCAAUUUUGCCCAGUAAUGGAGAGGACAUGGCCUCCAGAGACUGUAUCUAGCUCCCUCAGUGCCUCUCUGUCCUUAUCUUCACUCACACUGCAAACUCUGUCCUGCUGCUUCCACCUGUGAUGUCACGCCCAGAGACAAAACUUCUCACUCUUCUGAUUGGUCGAGUCAGCAGCCAGUCUCCCUCUGCACAGUGGAUGGAAGGACACCAUCUGUCUACACCGAGAUUCCACUGAUUUGAAGCUUGGCUGUCGACAUCAUUUCCACAUCCUCUGGAAGCUCAAAUCAGUGGAACAUCAGCAGAGAAUCAACACAUCUUGCCUUUGUGUUUUUCAGUAUUAUUGUCUAUUGUCUGGUCAUGUUUUUUUUUUAAAUGAUUUUGUGACAUUUUGUGUAUUUUUGCCAGUGAUCCAAACGUUUAUUGGUGUUCUUUUCUAAAACAAGCACUGUCUUACAAUGAAAACCUUUGUGCCUUGUAGGCAUCCUUUUUGAAUGAUGUAAUAUUCACCCCUCCCUAAUCUGAUUGGUUGGUUGAUCUGUGGCCUUUGUGUCCAUCAGGAGACAAAGGAAAAGCACUGUGUUAAUGAAGAAGUGAACUUUUUCUUUUCUUUUAUUUAUCCCUUUUAUGUAUGUUUUGAUGGAAUGCAGAUUAUGGGUGUAUACUGUUUUUAUGUUUGUGUUUUAGGUGCCAAAGUCUUAACUACUGUGGACAAAAAUACUUUUUAAUAAAUUCUUUUUUUUUUACAAUG